AUGGGGCCCGAGGUCGGGGGCCGGGACCGCCUGCUGCUGUCUGUGACGGCCGCCCUGAUACUGUCCAUGAGGCCUCCAGGCUCCUGGACGGCCCGGAUCAUCGGGGGCCACCAGGUGACCCCCCACUCCCGGCCGUACAUGGCGUCCGUGAGUUUCCAGGGCCAGCACCACUGCGGGGGCUUCCUGCUGCGGGCCCGCUGGGUCGUGUCGGCCGCCCACUGCUUCAGCGACCGGGACCCCCGGAUGGGCCUGGUGGUGCUGGGGGCCCACGACCUGCACACCGCAGAGGCCACGCGGCAGGUGUUCAGCAUCUCAGCUGUCUUCACGCACCCCAGCUACCAGCCGGCCUCCCACACCAGUGACAUCUGUCUGCUGCGGCUGAACAGCUCUGCCAUCCUGGGUCCUGCAGUGGGGCUACUGGGGCUGCCGCAGAGGCCACCCAGGGCCGGGGCACGGUGCAAGGUGGCCGGCUGGGGCUCCGUGUCCGACUUCGAGGAGCCGCCGCCUGUGCUGAUGGAGGCCGAGGUCCGCGUGCUGGGCCUGGAUGUCUGCAACAGAUCCUGGAGGGGGCAGCUGAAUGCUGCCAUGGUCUGCACCCGCAGUGAGGACCACCGGCGACGCGGCUUCUGCUCGGCAGACUCUGGGGGGCCGCUGGUGUGCGGAAAUCGGGCCCAUGGCCUCGUGUCCUUCUCUGGCCUCUGGUGCGGUGACCCCAGGACCCCCGACGUGUACACACAGGUGUUCGCCUUCGUGACCUGGAUCUGGGAUGUGGUUCGGCGGGGCCCACAAGGCCCCCCGCCCAGCCCCCCGCCCAGGACCACUGGGGGCCCUGCAGGAGUCGCCUGA